UCGGUUUCACGGUAUUCACGAAAAACCAAAAACUACCCCCCACUUUUGAUCUUUGACCGGCCUUUGUGAUUCACCUAAUCGUCCUAUGACCUUGAUUUUAUUAUCAUUAGAUAGAUAAUUUUAUUUCCCACGGACUGGACGGUACGGGCAAUAGCACCGAAGAUAGGGAAUUAAAACGAACUCAACCCUACAUAAAGGUAGUAUCUUCCCCCACCCCCUCGAAUACGAAAACUCAGUUUUAGACUCAGGACAUGCCACCGAACACACCCUCAAAAUUUCAGCCAUUAAGUUUUUUUUUUUUAGUAAAAUACCCCUAUUUUGUACUACUAUAGUAGUAGGUAAUAGUUUGUUCUUAUUUUAAUUUUUUUUUCACAUGCUUCCAAAAUUAUUUAAGGCAAGUACUGAACCACUCGCACUCGAUAAGAAUACAAACGAUAGUAUGGAUAGCAUGGAAGAAAGUAAUCCUGAUAUUAUUCCGCAAAAUACCACUGAUGAUGAAUAUCAGGAAGAAGAGAGAGCUUUUGAAAGUUUGGGUAACCCGCCUUCUUCAAGACUUUAUAAAAGGAUACAAUCUUGCAAUAAUCAAAGACAUAAUGGUUGCUGCCCUAAACUGAAAUCCGAUUUCACGGCUCAUGCAGACUAUUCAUUGGACAAGCAGGUACCAUCGUACAUGACCUAUGAUCAACAUAACUUGGCGUUAAACUCUUUUAUGAAAAAACCGGAACCUACGGCAUAUGCAAAGCUGGAUAUGAUUAGUUUGCCGUUGCACCAUGGUGGUUUUCAGACUUUGCAUCAUCCACAAUUACCUACCCACAUGUAUAACCGAUCACUAAGAGAUGAUCAACUGUUUUUGAAUGAAUCAAUAUCUUCUGAGACUCCUUUACUCAGAACUAGCAAUAAUUUAUUUAACCACACCCCAGUCUGAACAUGUAAGCCAGAUUCAAUUUUCCAUCGAAAGUAUCAAUAAUAUGUUAAGCAACAAAGUUCAACUCAUUGCAACAACCACAUCCUUAGUCACAUUAUGUUGUUAUUUGUUGUGCUGUGUUGUAUUAUGUUGGUUUCGCUUUAGAGCAGUAACGAUCAAAGAAAAAUGUGAAAUAUGCGCCAACAUUCAGUGAAAAAAAAAUUGAAGUCGAUGUGGACGCUUCGUUACAAGAAGUUGCAUUUGGUUUAUUUUGCAUGUAUGAAUAUUCUGAUUUCGGAACCAGAGGAUCUAUUUUUCAAGGUAAAAGUUCCAUAACAACUAGAAACUAAAUAGACAUACGGAGAGACUUUUUAAAACUACCAUUUGUUCGAAGUUCUCCCCAAACAUUAGUUUUCCCACAAAUCUUUCAGCAAUUCAUUUCUUCCUUGUAUUUUUCAAUUUUUCAAAAAGGGGAAGCCAGGGUUUUAAGCUUCCUUUUUUGUUUUUUUUUUUUGGAAUAAAAAAAAACAAGCCGCGGUCGCGAUAAUCAUCUCAUUUUCGUCGCAAAACAUGGUUGCAUUUUUCAUACACACGUUUUUCCCAGGUAAUAACUUCGGAACGCGUCAUCCAAUAUAAUUGAAAUUUUGAAAAUCUGGGUAACAUUUUGUGCCGCUUCUACCAUUGUCAUUCAAUUUCACCACUUUCGCUCUAAUUUCGGUCAAGUGACGUCAACUUCCGAAUCUUUAAUGUAACUCGUGGUAUAUUAUGGCAUUUUUCGUUAGAAAAUUAAAUUAUAAAAUCGGCAAUGCCAUAUUUGUUAAGGCUUUGUUAAAGAAAAUGAUAGAAAAUUAUACAGUGGAACAAACGAUGAUGCGUUCCGAAGUUAUCAUUUGGGAGAAACCUCGUGGGACAACCUGUAUAUUUAUUUAAAUGAAUAUUGUUUUAAUUUACGAAUUAAUUUCCAUUACGGCUUUGUCGCAAAAAAUUGGGUUCGGCAAAAAAGCUAUUUUUGACUUUGAAUGUUUGUGUGUCUACGCGAUGUUAAAUCCAGUUGUAUAUUUGCAAAACCAAUAUCAACACCAUCCAUCAAUGUUGUUCUAGUGGGGACAUUUUGUUCGCCAGAGUUGUUCAACUCAUUUUUGUCUGUCUAACAAAGUUAAACUAUUUUGGUCUGUGUUGCUUAGGUGGAGACGAAGCUAUACAUUCAAGAUUUUAAAGUGGUCGUCACUUCACCAAAAUUGAAACGUUGUUAAAUUGGUUGAAACAUGUAGAAGCGACACAAAAAGUUAGCUAGCUCUAGUACCAGUACCCCAAAAUGUCAAUUAUAUUGGAUGACUCUAUCCGAAGUUAUUCCUGAGUCAAACGUCUAGGGACACCAUCAUUCUGAAUUAAUGCAAAAAAAUCUAUUUUUUACGAGGCCAUCCACUUCACUAAAAGUAUGUUUGUGCAACCGUCCGCGAAAUGAGCUUUCGCGGCCGCCACACCUGACGUACAAAAUGUGUCAACUCCUUGUCAAAUCCAUAUAGUUUAUCUGUAACUUUACUUAGUUUUUAUAGUUGCACAAAAAAGAGUGUGUAUACCAUAACCGCGAAACUUUUAGGGUGCUCGAGAUUAUCUAAAAAGGCAUUUCGCGGCCUUGGUAUAAAAAUUACUAUAAGGCUUCACUUGAAAACGUUCUUGGUUGGCCGCGCUUAUUAUGCCCUGUUUGAGUACUACAAUGUAAAAUUUUAAUGAAAUGGUCUGGUACUCCGGUUUUGCUGAUUAUUCCUGUGUUUUGCGUGUACUGGCAAUGUCGUACUAUGUGCAUUUUAUGUGAAACUGUGAAUGGCAUUUUUUUUAAAUUCUUAUACAUAGGUAUAUGUUUCGUUUUAUAUUUUUUGAUGUGAUUACUCAUACAGGGUGUUUGGUAGGUCGAUGCAUAUAUUUUGGGAGGUGAUAGAGUAAGUCAUUUAGUACCUAUUUAGUCAAACUUACCUCAGUACCAAGUCUUAUGGUUUUCAAGAUAUGGCCGGCUUAAUUUUUUCUUAAACGGGCGCUUCAAUACAAAAUGCAUUCAGAAAAACAUCACAAAUUAUCAAAAAAUUAGCCAAACAUUAACAAACCUCACUUAUUUCAGUCUAAAAGUGAACAUUUUGUAUGAAAAAAGAAGAAAAAAAAGGCUAGUCCAGUUUUUUCCCUAAAUACCUACUCAUUUUUGGCAAUCUAUAGUCUAAAAUGAUUUUUGUGCUGCAAUCCGAUAAAAUAAGUAAUUUUUUCGUGUUGUGUGUAAUUUGAGAAGGCACAUGAUGUGACAAAAGUUUUUAAAUUACUUUGAAAACCUUGGAUGUCUUCUUUUUAUCUUUUUUUUUUCCCCCGAAAAAAACCUAACUUGCAAGGGAGUUAAUAUGACUUUAAAAUGGCAUUCUUAUGGUUAAUUUUCUAUUUAUUUUAUUGUUGAUGCAUUCAACACAAGAAAUACACAUUAUCUUAAGAUACAAAAAAAAAAUAUAUAUUAUUUGUAAAUAUUGCAUUAAAGUGCCCAACAUGGGAUUUGUCAGAUAUUAUAGUUAUUUAUGUAUCAAGGGAAUUAUGAGGGUGUUAAUACCCCAGGGCAACGUUUGUGUUCCGAGGGCCUCUGGCCCGAGGGACACCAAUUGCCCGUGGGUAUUAACACCUUAUAAUUCCCGUGGUACAUAGAUAAUUUUAUAUCCUACUGAAUUUACUGUAUUCUGUCUAUUUUUAUAAAGGAAUAAACCAUAAACCAAAAUUUCUAUUUUUUGUCAAAGUUUUACCUAUUCAAGGUAAAAGCGGGAGUCAUGGAAAUCCUUAACUCCCUUAGGAGUUAUGAUAUCCUUAACUCCCGCGCGGGAGUUAUGAAAUCCUUAACUCCCUUGGGAGUUAAGACCUUGUUUAUGACUAUCGUAACCAAGGUAUUAUAUGGUUAUAAUAGUACAGUAGGAUAUAAAAUUAUUAAUUUAAAUCGGCCAUAUUUUAAAAACCGUAAGACUUGGUACUAAGGUAAGUUGGACUAAAUAGGUUCCAAAUGACUUAAUCUACCACCUCUCAAAAUAUAUGCAUCGACCUACCAAAC